ACGCAUAAUUUUGAUUGUAUGAGGUUCAACUUUUUGGCAUUUUUUUUAGUUUUUUUUUCAUUCAAAAUUAUUUUAAGAAAAUUGAGUAAGCAAAUAAGUAAAAAAUUUUAAAAUGUUUGGACUUUGUUCAACAUUGAGACGGGGCCUUUGGUCUAGGGUUCACAAUAUGCAGGCAGCCGCUUGCCUGCGUAUGAAGUCUAAAAAAUGUGGCUUGGUCCGGAUAUCCAAAUGUCCAACAAAAUUUAAAUCGUUCCCCUGUGGCAGGCCGAAAAUGAUGUUAAUCCCAAAGAAAAAGAUUAACGAAAAAAAGAUGACAAAACCGCCAUCGAUGUGGCUGAAUCCGUUCUGUGACGAAGACGAAGUCUAUUGCCCAUUCAAUCCACGUUUCGAUGACAUCUACUACGUGGAGUCCGACAAGGCAAAGAGAAAGUAUUGGCAAACCUGGGUAUCCUGUCCUCCUGUGCAGAUCAAGAAAAAACAAAUUUGCUGCUUUGCCAAGAUCAGAGCUGCCCCGCUAAGGCGUCGCAAGCAUAGGAAACCCAAGACCGCCUGUCCUCCGCCACCCCUUUGCGAUGACAGUGCCUGCCCAAGGGUCAAACGUCGCUGUCAUCGCAAAGGUCGCAUCCCACCUGACUGUCUGAAGGUCAAGAGACCAUUGAUUUGCACUAAGCCGCUAACUCCAUACCCGGCCUUUUCUGAGUGCAAUCGUUUGCAUCCCAAAGCACUGCCUUUGAGCGAGUGCAUCUGCUGGAGGAGACCCAUGAUCUGUGAGGUCUGGUGCGAGUGGCGUCGGCGCAACAUGAAUAAGACUGCCCGAUGAGAAUGCGAAAUGAAUGUAUAAAAUUUAUAUAUGCUUUUAUAAAAUAACUAUAAAUUAACUAAAUGGACUGUUUCAUAAUUUGGAAAUAUGUUUGUAAUAAAUGCGAUUUAAUGAAA